AUGGGCAGCAGUAAGAAAGAAGGCAAGGUCAAAGAGAGCAAGUCAAAACUGGAGGAAACGGCAGUAGUAGAGGACAACUAUGAGAAGAGAAUGUCUGCGCAGUUACCAUUUGCCAAACCAUUAGCAUCGAAAAAAUUGAACAAGAAAAUAUUGAAAACGAUAAAGAAAGCUUCUAAAGCGAAACAUGUUAAAAGAGGAGUUAAAGAGGUUGUCAAGGCCUUGAGAAAGGGAGAAAAGGGGCUCGUUGUUAUUGCAGGAGAUAUAAGUCCCGCAGAUGUUAUUUCACAUAUACCUGUUUUAUGCGAGGAUAACUCGGUGUCCUACAUAUUUGUACCUUCAAAAGAAGAUUUGGGAAGUGCGGGGGCCACAAAGAGACCUACAUCGUGUGUUAUGAUCGUGCCGGGCGGAGGAAAGACGAAGAAGAAUGCUGAUAAAGUCGAGGAAUAUAGAGAGGGUUACGAUGAAAUUGUCAAGGAAAUUACCUCAAUUGAGUAG